UGGUGUGGUGCACGUCCUGGGGGUUGGCGUCGGACAGUGGAGUAGAGGAGCCAGCUAACUAGCCUGUCUGCUAACCUUAUAGCAUCUAGUUCAAUUGCCACAACCUGCUACGUGUCCAGUAUGAACACGAUUGGAUUUAAAACCAUGUCUAUUUGAGUUGUACUCACAACUGACAACUGCCCUGUUGGUAUGCCCAAGAGACACAUGAGAGAAGUUAUACAUCACCAAUUUGACAAAAGAGGCUAGGUGUGGAUGAGCCUUCCCUUAACGAGAUGUAACAGGAUGCUGAACCAUCACUGCAGAAGGAACCCCGAGCUUCAGGAGGAGCUGCAGAUCCAGGCCGCCGUGGCCGCAGGGGAUGUGUGCACGGUCAGGAAGAUGCUGGAACAAGGCUACUCUCCCAAGAUCCGCGACGCCAAUGGCUGGACACUGCUCCACUUCUCAGCUGCCAAGGGGAAGGAGAGAUGUGUCAGAGUGUUCCUAGAGCAUGGUGCCGACCCCACAGUAAAAGACUUCAUCGGUGGAUUCACGGCCCUCCACUACGCCGCCAUGCACGGCCGAGCCCGCAUCGCCCGGCUCAUGCUGGAGUCCGAGUUCCGCAGCGACAUCAUCAACGCCAAGAGCAACGACGGCUGGACACCCCUCCACGUAGCGGCCCACUACGGCCGGGACUCGUUCGUUCGCCUCCUGCUGGAGUUCCGGGCGGAGGUGGACCCCCUGAGCGACAAGGGGACCACCCCUCUCCAGCUGGCCAUCAUCCGCGAGCGCUCCAGCUGUGUUCGGAUCCUCCUGGACCACAGCGCCAACAUCGACAUCCAGAACGGCUUCCUGCUGCGCUACGCCGUCAUCAAAGGAAACCACUCGUACUGCCGCAUGUUCCUGCAGAGGGGCGCGGACACCAACCUGUUCCGUCUGGAGGACGGGCAGACCCCGCUGCACCUGUCGGCCCUCAGAGACGACGUGGUCUGUGCCCAGAUGCUGUACGCGUACGGGGCAGACACCAACACCAUUAACUAUGAGGGCCAGACGCCCGUGGCGGUGGCCCUCAGCAUGUCGACGAUAAGCCGGCCCUGUCUGGACUUCCUGCAGGAGGUCACCAAGCAACCCAGGACUUUACAAGACAUGUGUCGUAUAAGAAUUCGUCAUUGCAUAGGCCUUCAGAGCCUCAAGUUACUAGAAGAUCUACCUAUCGCUAAGGUCAUAAAAGACUAUCUAAAACACAAGUUUGACAACGUCUGAUGCCAGGGCCUGGGAUGAGGAGGGGCACAUUGAGAACUCUGGUUUCUGCCAAGACUAUGCAAGCAUUGUGUGUCUCUCUGUGAAGGAAGCCUGGAGGAGAGGUGUGCGGGGUGUUCUUGUGUAACCUGGAAAGGUCACUUUGUGACCCCAGUUGUCACUGUGCCUGUCGCCACACUGACAAAAUGUUGUCCACAGAUCUACUGUCUGAAAACUGGGAAGUAUCUUUCUCACUUUAGCCUGUCCAAUCAUGAAUGAUGGUUGAUGCAGUCAUGUGUGCUGUGGAAUAAGCUUACUCAAUGGAAAUGUGACCACAUCCACAGAUCUGGCACUGGGCUGUCGUCAGUGUGUCAGAUUUCUGUCUGCAUAUGCCAGGGGAUUUGAUUUGUUGAUAUGGGUCUUCCUGUUCAUUUACAUGUACAGCCACCAUGAGUUAACUUUCUGGGGGUAACUUUUGAAAUGUUGAUUCAAACAAAUAGUUAGACAGAGAUGGUGCCAUUAUAUUUCACAUUCACUGAGAUGUUUCAUCUUGUGCCUGUUGAAGUUGUAGGAAAUGAUCGUCUUAUGCUGCAAUAAGUGCACCUUUCAUUGUUCAAAACCCUUAAGUUGGGCGGUCUCUAGUUGAAGUUGUAGAGGGACACAAACUGCAUAUGUUCUCAUCUUUUUAUGAAUAAAGUGGCCCACACGCCUUUGCCAGAAUGACUAUUACUAUUCCAGUACAUUUUUUGUUGUUGUGGUAAUUACAAUUAUAUUUUAAUCAGUUGUAUUACUAUGCAAGUGGAUUUAAAAUAAUUUAGAUACACUUGUGUAAUACUAAGAAAAACACUGCAUGUACUGUUGUAAAGCUAUGAGUCCAACUUUUCUUAAGCAAUGACAUGGUCGUAACUUGGCAUACAGUGUUACCUGUUUAUUUGUUUUUUCCAGUUUUUCUUUGAGUUUUUACUUUUACAAAAUGAGAUGUUUAUGGAUUCUGAACAGUGUGUUAAUGUAUAAACACAGUUAUUUUAAACAAAUGUAAAUAAUUGUUAAAUAUGUACAGCAAAUAUUUUUCUAGAAUUAUUUAAGCAAUGAUACUCUGUGUUCCUAAUGUAUUUCUUUUGUUGGAAGGUAUUGUGCUUUGUUUGAUGUGAGCCGAUGUACUGGUUAUUUUGUGUGUGUGAUACGGUAUGUUAAGAGUUUCAGACGUUUAAUUUAUCAAGAAUAAUUUGGAAGGAUAUUAUGUGAGGGAGACAAAGCAAAUGCUAUGUAAAAAAAAAAAAAAAGCAAAGUCUAAUUUGUAAUAAAGACUAUACUGUGAUUUUCACAUUUAAUUAGAUGCUCUUAACAAAACAAGAACUGAUCCAAUCACCUGCAAAUUACAUAAUUUCAUUAUACAAUUUUUAUUUUUGUCUAAUUGUCUGAAAAUUAAAUAAAAGUUACAUUUUUGUGUUGAAAUUAUAGACCCUGAUCAACAACCUUAAAUAUGAACCUGAUCAUACCAUAUCAAUAUAUUUAUUUACUUUGAAGGUCAAUCAGGCAACUUCAGUUGUUUAUGGUUACCAAUCCUUAUCAAAAUUAUUAUUGUUUUCAUAUCUAAAAUGCUUACUUGGUUUGUAAGUCUUAUGUUGACAAGAAGUGGUUCUUGUUUUACUGUAUCCCAGAAUUGGUUAUUUGUUCCAUAUGAUAGAUUGCUUAAUUCAUUGCAAAUACCUUAAGACCAACUGCCUUUAUUAUGUCAGAAUUAACCAUACAGCUCAGCCCUUCUGUGUCUUUAUUUCAUAAUACAAAUAAAUCUAGUAGGCAGACACUGAAGACACAAUGUGACAGAAAGGCCUCAGAGAUCAGCUAUUUGUUCAUGACUAAUGUUCACUUACAUAGGUCAGUUACAUUUCAGGUAGAUCAUUUUCUACUGUACAUUGUCCUGUGUCUUUUCUUCUGGAUUAGAUACAAUUUUGUAUAUGACGCCAUUUUGUGCGGCAGACUUUAUCCGAGUGAGCAGAGGGAGACAGCAUGGUAGGGCUCUCAGGUUGUGCUGCGGAGCCUCUGUUAGAUUCAGUGGUCGGCUCGGAUCUUCCCAGUCCAGGAACAGUCAAUACUGACCACAAGUCUUCCUCAUCAUCA